AUGGGUUUCAAAGGGUUCAGAAGCAAGAUUGGCAAGGUCCAGGAUGCACUUAAGGUCUUAGUCAACGCCAGCUAUAAAAGCCCUGCCACCAAUACCCAGACCAGCAACUCUUCCUCCUCUUCUAACGACGAACACCCAAUCCCUCCACAGCUCCGUGUCAAGCAAGCACUGGGGUCGACUACAGGCCAGGUCGAUGUAAAUGCUUUUGCUCGAGGCACGUUGGCUACACCCUCUCCAGUGAAGAAAUCACUACUUAGGCGGAGGUUGAGCAAAGCGGUUCCCUUCCUUAAACAGGGCAACAAAGGGCACUUGUCGGGCAAGCAGGCUCUCGAACAAAUCCAUGCGAGGACGUCUCCCUUCAUCACUUCUCCCAAAAUAUCAAAGAUUCCGUCCAAUCUCCGAGUACUCCGACAACAGCCGGUGGAGAUAGCCGGGGAAGUUUUCAGCCAAACUGAGUCUGCAUCGGGGUCGGCGUCAACCGAAAGUUUCGCUGUAGAAGCUCCUGGUGAUCUGGAGACGGAGAACAUCCCAGAAUCAAACAGAGCUUCACCCUUUUCUAUCGAACAGCAAGAGCAUGAGGACUUGCUCUCCACGGUUGAAGAACCAAUCGUAUGGGUCUCGAACGCUGCAUAUGCCGUGCUAGGUGCCGGUGCAGCGUCAGACAUAUUCUCAGGCCAGAACAAGCGACACCAGGGAAACCGUGCCCCCACCCUAGGGUUCGACGUUAGCGCUGAGCACACUGAAAAUCGCAUCAGCAUCAACAGCAGCCAGUCAUCUGAAAGAACCUCAAGCUCUGGAGAGGUUGAACGAUGUUCAACCCCAUUAACUCCCACUGAAGUGGGCAAUUCUUGCGCGAAAUCCCAAGACCAGGUUCCGCUUGACUCUGUCUUCGAAGAACAGAACACCCAUCUACAAUGUUCGCAAACCGGCUCAGGAUCUCCUUGCCCACCAACGUCUCUGCAAACAGCGGUCGGUAGAUCCAUGUUCGAUAGCACCCCGGUUGCAGAUUCUUAUAAUCAUCAGCUUCAUUUCCAUGUGCAUGCCAGCAUCGCUCCAGCCGAUCAGGCCACUCCACUUGAUAGCCAGGCAGAGGAGCUGCAACGGCUGCAGGACAGCCUAGACUAUCGAGAUAACCUCAACCAGGGUCUUCGGCUGCAGCUGCUUGAUCGAGAAAAUGAAGUUGCAAAACUUCAAAAGCAGCUUCAAACCCUCCAAAAGGAGCGUGAUAUGUUUGAGGCGGAACAGGAUGCCUCCUCUGAGCAGUUGCAGACAACGAGGCAACAACUUGCUACGAAAGACAGAGAGCUCAUCAAGGCAAAUACGAGUGCAGUAGCUGCCCUCCACGAAUUGCAAGUGGCUCGGAACAGUAUUGGUGUGGGGACCGAAGAGCUGAUUGCUGAACGAGACAGAGCCCGACAGGAAGCUCAGGCUCAAUUCCAUCGCACGCAACACUUUUACACAAUGGCUAAUACUGCUACGGCUGAAAGAGACAACAUGGCCCAGCAAGUGGCAUACCUAGAAGCAAUGGCCAACAUGAGCUCCCAGCAACAUAACGCCGAGGUCCAGGAGCUGCGUGAGAGGCUCGAACAAACACGAGACGCAAUCGAGGGACUAGAACAACAAAUGAGCCAUGUUGUUGGGCUGAAGAACAAAGCAGAGAACCGUGUUCAGGAACUGGAAGUGCGGGUCCAAUCACUCUUGCAGGAUGUGACGGCAAAAUGGGUCGAGAAUCCGGUGGAGGAAGCGGAAGAAAUCAAUAGUAACCAGCUGAAGCCGAAUGAACUUCGGGACCUUCGACAGGCUUUCGAAAUAUCGCAGGCACGACUUGCUGCUGCCGCGGAGGUCAAUCAAGAAUUGCACGAAGCAGCAGAGCACUCCGAGAAGGAGCACGCGGAGCUCCGCGAAAGCAAUGACUUGCUGAAAGACAAGGCAGCAAGACUCUCAUCGAUUUUCGAAAUCUGGAUGACGAAACUCGACAACUGGAUGCAAACGAUCCCUGGAAUUGUGAAGAUGCAAGACAGAGUUGAGGAAGUCCCUGGCCUGAAAGUGCUCCUUGAAGAGUCUGUUUUCCACGAGCAAAGUGUGGGCAGAGAAUUAAAGGCCAAGGCUGAUCUUGUAUCCGAACUUGAGGCCACAGCUCUGAAGCUCAAGCGGGAGCAUAACAACGAAAUCGAGGCCCUCAACCAGCGAGCAAAUGAACUUCAAGAAGAGAACAUUCGUCAAGAUGCGCAAAACUUCCAGCUGACUGACCAGCUGCACAGCUCCCAGCAAGAGCUAGAGAGGUUGAAACAUGAACUCAGUGACCGGGAACAUGAAGCGCAGCAGUGGAAAGCACAAUGUCUGGAACAAGCUUUUGGGGACACUGCGCAGCUUAUCAACAAGCAACACGAGAGGCAGCUGAAGCAAUACUCCGACGUGCACGACGCGCUCAUGCACCGUUGUGAACAAUUCCACGAGGUCAAAUAUCGUGCGGAAUCCGAAUUGAGAACGUUUCGAUGGCUGCUCGCGGAGGAGCUGGCCGGGGUUGCGGAGCUGGGUACAGAACGUGAUUGGUACCGGGCGCAGGUUGAAGCCUUGCGAGAACGUUUCCAGCAUGAGUUGCUGGUCGAACCCCUCGAAAUCCCAUACCAGCCAGCUUAUUCGCAGCUAUCCCCGGAGGACAGAGAAGCCAUAAUCGCGGGCCAGGACUACGUGAUUGACCAGCUCACAGGAGUACUGCCAGUUAGGUCAGGUGUCAAGCCUCGAAAUAUUGAGGUUGUUGAUCUAUGGGCAAGAUUUGUGGCAUGGGUUUUGCCCAAAGAGGAGGGCAACACAGAAGGCGAAGGGAAGCAGAAAGCUGAUCCUGUAGCUGAAGUGACGCCGAUGGCUCCAUUGCCUCUUCCAAAACGACACCAGGCGUCACAUGGCGCUGUCCAAAGUGAGGGCCUCGAGGGUCAAGACGGCUCAAGUUGGAUCACGGAGGACGGAUCUGAGGCAGGGCCAUCCGAUGGAGAGCCUGCAGAUUUCCGUUUCCUCGACCUCAUCAAACCCUUCACGCCCCUCCUCCCAGAGGUGGCAGCACCGGAGUCCAAGGUGCCCUUCAACCAGAAGUUGAUGUGGACAGGAUGCACGCUGCUCAUCUUCUUAGUCAUGAGCCAGAUGCCUCUCUAUGGCAUCGUCUCAUCUGACACUUCGGAUCCCAUCUACUGGCUGCGUAUGAUGCUGGCCAGUAACAGGGGAACGCUGAUGGAGUUGGGGACGACACCUAUUAUCUCUUCGGGAAUGGUCUUCCAGCUUCUUGCCGGCACUCACCUCAUCGAUGUCGAUCUGAAUCUGAAGGCCGAUCGCGAGCUCUAUCAAACCGCGCAAAAGCUAUUUGCCAUUAUCCUUUCUUUUGGCCAAGCCUGUGUCUUCGUCCUCACCGGUCUCUAUGGCCAACCAAGCGAUCUCGGGGCCGGCAUCUGUCUCCUCUUAAUCGUCCAGCUGGUCAUUGCAGGUUUGGUCGUCAUUCUCCUCGAUGAGUUGCUACAAAAGGGUUAUGGUCUUGGAUCCGGUAUCUCACUGUUCAUCGCAACAAACAUUUGCGAGUCCAUUGUGUGGAAGGCGUUCUCCCCAACCACCAUCGAUACCGGUCGUGGCAAGGAGUUCGAAGGCGCAGUCAUUGCUCUUUUCCAUCUGCUCGUUACUUGGCCAGACAAAACUCGCGCUCUGCGUGAAGCCUUCUACCGACAACACCUUCCCAACAUCAUGAACCUUCUUGCAACUUUGGCCGUUUUCGCUGCUGUCAUCUACCUUCAGGGGUUCCGCGUCGAGAUCCCCGUCAAAUCGUCGCGCCAGCGUGGCAUGCGCGGAUCGUAUCCGGUGCGCCUCUUCUACACCUCCAACAUGCCAAUCAUGCUGCAAUCGGCUCUAGCGUCCAACAUCUUCAUGAUCAGUCAGAUGCUUUACACUCGAUUCUCGGACAACCUCUUGGUCAAAUUGAUCGGCACUUGGGACUCAAGAGAAGGAUCUUCCCAACUCUUUGCUUCCGGUGGCAUCGCUUACUACAUGUCUCCUCCACUCAGUUUCCGCGAUGCCCUCGUUGAUCCCAUCCACACGGUCAUCUACAUCACAUUCAUCAUUGUGACGUGCGCGGUUUUCUCCAAGACUUGGAUCGAGGUGUCCGGUUCUGCCCCACGUGAUGUUGCAAAAACACUCAAGGAACAGGGUCUUGUCAUGGCUGGCCAUCGUGAACAGAGCAUGUAUAAGGAGUUGAAGCGCGUCAUCCCUACUGCCGCGGCGUUCGGUGGUGCUUGCAUUGGUGCUCUCUCCGUGGCCAGCGACAUGCUUGGAGCCUUGGGAAGCGGAACUGGUAUCUUGUUGGCUGUCACCAUCAUCUACGGCUACUUUGAGAUUGCGGCCAAAGAGGGCGAUUUCGGCGGCAAUCUCAAAGGUCUAAUUGCUUAG